CUCUCACAGCCUGUCGACAGCCGCUGUCGACAGGCUGUGGAACUUCCACAGCUGUGGAACUAAUCCACAGGUUCACCACACCAUCUCGGAACAGGGUGUUCCGCUAAGGUAGGCAUUUGUUGGCGAUUCAUUGGUACCACCUCACUGGGAAGACAAGGUAACAUUAGCAACAUGGUAAAUAGAGAAGAACCGCAUGGUCGCCUUCAUGGAGUCAAAUGAGUCAGAAGGAGAACAUGGCAAUUGCUUUAGCUCUCGGAACGAUAUUUCUUAUUCCAUUCUUGUUCAAUUAUGCUGUAGCUUGGAUCAUGUACUACUGGGGUCACUGGUGGGAGCAUGAUACACAAAUUCCCCCUGAGUAUCCAUCAUUCUUCCCUUAUUUGGGAUCUGCCAUUCCAUUCAUCCUGGACAACCAGAACUUUCUGAAGCGUGCAACGUCUAUCUCUGGGAAAUUGACAUCAGCGCGAAUAUGUUUCUUGGGGAGCGAUAUAUAUCUCUUCCAGGAUCGUGAGACUGUUGCUAGAAUUUGGAAGCAACCGCUAUUAGGGAGUCCGAUUGAGGUCUACAGUUACACACUCAAAAAUUUCUUCGGAAUGCACGACAGGGCACUUUCAAGCUAUAGACAGGACAACUCUGGCCCUUUCACAAAACCGUUUCCAGGAACUAAUGUCCCUUCUGAAAGCCGCGUGGAUCAUAUCACUCACAAAGGAUUUCUAAGAGCUCUCAGUGGACCAGGAUUGAUGCCAACGACUCAUCGUUUCAUGCAAGGACUCGAAAGGAGAUUUGAUGACUUACAUUUAUCAACAGAAUGGACACAAUACCCUAGUAUUGUGGAGUUCUUUCAAGACAUUGUAGGAGGGUCGUUGUUACAGGCUAUCUUUGGACCUACUCUAUUGCAUCUCAACCCAACCUUCAUACAAGACUUGUGGCAAUUUGAUAACAAUGUCCCACGGCUUGCUCGAGGAAUGCCCGCAUUCAUCCUGCCCAAGCCAUAUAGGACUCGACAACGACUUAGAGACCAGCUAAAAAAUUGGUAUGCUUACGCCAGAGAACAUUUCGAUGAAUCACUAGUCCAGACGGAUGGCGAUGGCGACCCAAUUUGGGGCUCAGAGCUCAUGAGAUAUCGACAGAGAACGGUACUACAAGUACCCAAUCAUGACGAUGAAUCUCUCGCUUCCGCAGAUCUUGGGUUGGCUUGGGGGUCGGUUGGAAACACUAUACCAUGCGCAAUGAUGGCAAUUAUACAUAUUUUCAAGGACCAAAGCCUCCUUGCGCGUGUUCGACUGGGCCUCAGAGACGGCUACGGUGAAAUCUCCGGCGCAGAUGUCGAGCCCAAAAGACUCACUCAGGACCCACUUCUCUCUUCCAUCUACGCAGAGACUCUUCGUUUGUACGUCCAAUGCUACUUUGUAGUGAGCUCGCCACUUCUUGAUGUUUCACUUGGCAAGUGGUGGUUCCCGAAAGGCAACAUCGGCCUUGUCAAUUCAGGUAUUUCUCACAUGGACAAAUCUUUCUGGAACACCAAACGAGGAGCCUAUCCUGUUCAGUCAUUCUGGGCUGAUAGAUUUCUCCGAGACUCGUCUGAUCCAACGAGCGGGCCCAUGAACCCCGACCUUGAAAAUGAUGCAUCGAGCAGUAGGAAUGUUGGGGGCGGUGAAUCUUCGUUCUCAUUGGACAGCCUUGAGGGGUCAUGGAUACCCUUUGGAGGCGGACAUGCGAUCUGCCCAGGGCGCUUCUUGGCGAAGCAUGCCAUAAUUUUUUACAUGCGCCCUAAUAACGAGUCGGUACGACGUUGAAAUCCCUACCGAUGUCGAAGUGGGCUCUUGGAAAUUCGGACUGGGGGUAUCACCGCCUAAAUCUAAAGUUCCAUUCCGCAUACGGAAGAGGACGGGAUGACUCGGCCCCGGGAUUGACCGGUAAACUAAUUUUGGUGGGCGUGGAACGUAGGUAGCAAGGACAUUUACGGGAAUACAGG